AUCACAAAACAAUUUAAAAAAAUGGAAACAAAAAUAAUGAAGAAAAAGCAAGCUGGUCCCCAACAGACAUGCGGGUUCGUCUCCUAUAAAACUUGUUUAAUCUCUCCUUCACACUUAUCACGCCACCUCACCUCCUCCUCUCUCCUCUCUCUCCCUCUGGAGAGAUUAUUCCCUCCAAUGGAUCUCCGACGGAGGCCUCCUAAACCACCGGUUAACAACAACACCGACGGAUCUUUCCGUUCUUAUCAAACCCGCACUUCCGAUGAUGAUCACCGUCGCCGGACUACAACGAUUGCUCCUCCACCUAAAGCCUCCGAUGCGCUUCCUCUUCCAUUAUAUCUCACGAACGCCGUCUUCUUCACGCUCUUCUUCUCCGUCGCGUAUUAUCUCCUCCACCGGUGGCGUGACAAGAUCCGUUACAAUACGCCUCUUCACGUCGUCACUAUCACAGAACUCGGCGCCAUUAUUGCUCUCAUCGCUUCGUUUAUCUAUCUCCUAGGGUUUUUUGGUAUUGACUUUGUUCAGUCAUUUAUCUCACGCGCCUCCGGUGAUGCGUGGGAUCUCGCGGAUACGAUCGAUGAAGAUGACCACCGCCUCGUCACGUGCUCUCCACCGACUCCGAUCGUUUCCGUUGCUAAGUUACCAAAUCCGGAGCCUAUUGUCACCGAAUCGCUUCCUGAGAAAGACGAGGAGAUUGUGAAAUCCGUUAUCGACGGAGUGAUUCCAUCGUACUCGCUCGAAUCUCGUCUCGGUGAUUGCAAAAGAGCGGCGUCGAUUCGGCGGGAGGCGUUGCAGAGAGUCACCGGGAGAUCGAUGGAAGGAUUACCGUUGGAUGGAUUUGAUUAUGAAUCGAUUUUGGGGCAAUGCUGUGAGAUGCCUGUAGGAUAUAUUCAGAUUCCUGUGGGGAUUGCUGGACCAUUGUUGCUUGAUGGUUACGAGUACUCUGUUCCUAUGGCUACAACCGAAGGUUGUUUGGUUGCUAGCACUAACAGAGGCUGCAAAGCCAUGUAUAUCUCUGGUGGAGCCACCAGUACGGUUCUCAAGGACGGUAUGACUCGAGCACCUGUCGUUCGGUUCGCAUCCGCGAGACGAGCUUCCGAGCUUAAGUUUUUCUUGGAGAAUCCAGAGAACUUUGAUACUCUGACAGUAGUCUUCAACAGGUCGAGUAGAUUCGCAAGAUUGCAAAGUGUUAAAUGCACAAUCGCGGGGAAGAAUGCUUAUGUAAGGUUCUGUUGUAGUACUGGUGAUGCUAUGGGGAUGAAUAUGGUAUCUAAAGGUGUGCAGAAUGUUCUCGAAUAUCUUACCGAUGAUUUUCCCGACAUGGAUGUCAUUGGAAUCUCUGGUAAUUUUUGUUCGGACAAGAAACCUGCUGCUGUGAACUGGAUUGAGGGACGUGGCAAAUCAGUUGUUUGUGAGGCUGUAAUCAAAGGAGAGAUCGUGAACAAGGUCUUAAAAACGAGCGUGGCUGCUUUGGUCGAGCUCAAUAUGCUCAAGAAUCUUGCGGGCUCUGCUGUUGCAGGCUCUCUAGGUGGGUUCAACGCUCAUGCCAGUAACAUAGUCUCUGCUGUGUUCAUAGCUACUGGCCAAGAUCCAGCUCAAAACGUGGAGAGCUCUCAAUGCAUCACCAUGAUGGAAGCUAUUAACGACGGCAAAGAUAUCCAUAUCUCAGUCACUAUGCCAUCUAUCGAGGUGGGGACAGUGGGAGGAGGAACACAGCUUGCAUCUCAAUCAGCGUGUUUAAACCUGCUCGGAGUUAAAGGAGCGAGCAAGGAGUCGCCGGGAAUGAACUCAAGGAGGCUAGCGACGAUAGUGGCCGGAGCAGUUUUAGCGGGAGAGUUAUCUCUAAUGUCAGCAAUUGCAGCUGGACAGCUUGUGAGAAGUCACAUGAAAUACAACAGAUCCAGCCGAGACAUCUCUGGAGCAACGACAACAUCAACAACAUGAUAUGAAUCUCUCUGGCUCAAAACUCACAAAGAAGGACAACAAUCCAAAACAAGGGCAAGGCAUUUUACAACUCAUUCGCUCCAAAAUCGCUGGUGGACAGAUUUAAGCCAUGUGCGUGUGCGUUGCCCUUUUUGUUAAAUAAAAAAAAACUAUUUGUUUUGUUUGUUUGACUUGAAAUCUUUUUUUGGAUUGAGGAUCGAGAGAGAGAGAUUUUACACACUUUCUCUCUCUCUCUCUUUCUCACUCUCAUGGAUAAUUCGUGUCUCUUUGAUUUGUCUAAGCUUUGUCUUUGUUUGUUAGGAAGUGGUCUGUAUGAAAAAAAAAUUGUGUAUGCAGUUGCGUUUGGGGACAUUUUUGAGUUUUUUUCUCUGUUUUGUUUCCUCUCUACAUUUUUUUUUUUUGUUAUAUAUAAAAAUAUUUCCCUGUGUGUUUGGACAUCUCUCUCUGUGUAGUAGUUGUUGUUGGUAAAUAUAAGGUUUUUUUUU